AUGGAAAAAUCGAAGGAGCUUUCGGGGGCACAAAAACGUAAACAGAAAAAGAUUCUUUGGGAAAAACGAGAAAGUAAAAAUUCAAAGAUUCGAAAAAUAACCAGUUUGUUUGAUCGUGUAAGUACAUCUGCAACUGCUAGCAAAGAAGCCAACUCCAAAGGACAGAUGGAUACAGGAGACAACGAUAUAGGUCUAGUUGUUUCUGAAACUGAGAUUGAAUCCCAAGAAUGUACUGAAUGUUCCAGUGGUUCCAUACGUCAGGGUUAGUGAACUUUUUUAUUCAUUAUAUAUUGACUUUUAAAAUUGACAUAGCAAAGUAAUAAGUUAAAAUUGCUUGAAUUAAGACCUGAAAUGUUUGUUUGAUUUCAUGGAAAUAUGUUUGUACUAAUUUCCAGGAAAUUUUAAAAGUGUGAAAUUAAGUGAGAUAGCAGAAAGUCCAGAUGGUGAUGAUCACAUUGGCCACACGAUGAGCAAAUCAUUAGAUGAAUCUGAAUUGAGUACUAAUAUACCAGUAGCCG